UCGUACAUCUACCAAAGAGUCGCGAAAACAAACACAGCGGAUCGAUCACCAAGUCGUGAAUGCCAUGAAGACAGCGAUCUCCAAAACGUGGUGAGCAAUUCUGAUUACGUGAUCACCGACUGCGAUUCGCCUAAAAGAACGACAUGACAUAACUCCGAGGCCUAGCGUAUCUUAUGCUGUCGAACUAUGUCGUAUCUGAUUCCUUACUGCACAGAGAUAACGUGCGACUUUCACUCGCACACGAGCAACAUAUAAGACGUGGCAGGUUGCUCCGCAUCACAACUGUGGGGCAGCGCUGGGCUGGGCCAACCCGCUCCACUCCAUCAACUUCGCUCGCUCGCCCGCCCUGCCUGCCUCCCUCUCUCGCGACCUUUUGCCGACGAACUAUUCCCCCUUUAGAGAGGCAUGACAACAUUGAGGCCCCGAACUCAUCAACCCACGCAGCGCAGCACCUCACGGCCAUCAGAUUUAUUGUUACCAAUGUGCCCUCACCGUCACCUCUCAUUAACACAUCUAGCAGAGAGAGAGAGAGAGAGAGAGAGCGGUCUCCUUCGUCAAUCUCCAGACGAUCGGUGUCCGAGAGGUUGCAGCAGCUAAAGGUGCAGGUUUUCCCCGUUCACCUUUUACCUGUUCCAGUAAGAGAAUGGAUUUGCGGCUAAGACGGCGCUCUCGAAGAAAUAACAACGGACUUACGUGUCAGCAAUCCGUAGGACUAUAAAUGGACGGGUGAACAAAAUUGGCCGUUGGAUUUCAGUAUACGUGUGUCUAUCGUCGACGAUCGGACUGUAUAGAAAACUUACGUGGAGUAAUUUUGGAUCGUUGGAGGAAUUUGGGAACCUGUA